GGUGUGAUUUUCGGGCAAGAGGGUGUCGUUGUUUUGGCGGGCUUUUUAUGCCUCCGUCAUGGUCCUUCUGCGCGCCCACUAAGGAUGUUGGCCAUGCAAGGGAUGACAUGCGCCUGCGGAGGAAAACGGACCAUGGGUAAGCGACGAAGGGGCGGGCUGUAGUGGACAGGGACUCAUGUCCACGGUGUACUUCCACAUCGCUGUACAUGGAAAAAGGACAUUCCGCCCACCAUUUCGUACCGCGGUGGUUCCUUACCCACGGCUCCCUCUCGCACCGUCUGCCUACCUGCUCAUCGUCGCGCGCCUGCAACUCCGCGUCGCCGCUCCACGCUCCCGCAUCGUGCUGCGCGGACAAUGCCCCUUCAUGCGCAUCAAACAGGCGGUCCCUCGUCCACGUCGCACCAGCUUUCCUCUUCGCCCGCGUGCCGCGUUCGUUCGUCGACAUCAUCCUUCGUGGACGUGUUCCUCCGCCAACGUGUUUCAUCGUCUUCGAUCCCCAUUUCGGUCGCCAUUGUCGUCGCGGUUCCACGACCACUGCCCCGUCAUCUGCAUCGUCCACGUUGUCCUCCGUCCACGUGGAAGCACUGGGAAGCAGUCACAGGCGUCCUUCUUUCGCGUGCUCUUUCGUCAAAGGAAGCCUUCGUUUACGUGGUCGUUGUUGCCGAUUUACGGACCAGAUGCCCCCACGGGAGCCUCGGCGAAGGGCAGGAAAGAUGGCGGGGUGGGCGACGGUGGGGAAACCAACAAAGGCAGAGACCACAUACCGAAGUCGAAAAGGCAGCGCAUCGAUGACGCGAGCUCCUCACAAACUGAGGACUUCCUCGCAGACGAAUUGGCUAUGGUGGACGCGCAAGGGACGGCAGUGGUCGUGAGGUUGGGUUUCGGGCGGGAUAGAGUGUCGAGGGAGCAGCUGCAAGCAGCGAGACGCAGCGUUGUUGGCGGUGCUGCCAGGACGGUGCCAAGGUCCCCAAACACGGCAGGGGUUGUCGUCACGGCUGCGCGGGUCGCGGGACAAAUUUCGGAGGCGGCAGGCCAAGGUCAGCCACUCCCCCUGCAACACGUGUUGGCGACAGGGGGAGGGCAUACGGCGACCGCGCAAAAGGGCAACGCGACGGCUACCGCUAGUCGGACGGCGGCGGCAGAUCACACAGCUAAAGGCAGAGUCGUCGAAGGUGCGGAAAGGGUGGGGGUCGACGACGUUGGCCGUGACGAUGGCCGAAGAUACGGAAAGCGGGAGGGCAAUGACGGCGGCGACCGUCCACUUGUGCCGAGGGGGAAGGGAGCGCCGAAGGAGGACGAGCUGCAAGAGAAGGCCAAGUUGUGGGUUGAUUGCGACGCUUUCUGGAAUCAGGGCCUCGGGAAACCUCUGAGGGAGGCGGUAGGCGAAUGCAUCAACUACUUCGUCGCCGUCGCCAACGGAGACGCAGGAGCUGAGCCGCCUUCAAUGCUCAUCAUGCCGCCGAACGACGUGCCUCGCUUCAAGAUCGACGACCCGGCGCAACGUGAACCGGCUCUCCGCAGAGCGCGCAGCGUGGAGAGAGUAGUGCUGCGCACCAUCCACGGUUGGAUCUUUAAAUCGCGGUCGAGGUGGACUGGCUUCUCUCGUGCAGAGUCCUACAUCACGGUCCACUUCGCCACGGACUUCGCACGAGCAGUUUGGCAGGCCUUGGAAUGGUCGAGAGUGGUAUCCCCUGCACUCGUCUAGCACACAGUGGCGAUGAAGAUGGACGUGCCCCUGUGGUUCG